AUGACGCUCAUUCGCACCUUUGCCGUCGUCGGCCUGUCUUUCGCCUCGUCGGCCCUGGCGCGCACCGAUCUCGCGGGCUGCACCUACACCGACCUCGUCGUCAAGCCGACGCAAAUGGCCGCCUACGCCAGCCGUCUGUGGUACGUGCCCGACACGGGCGAGGUCUGCGAGUUUCUCGACUGCGGCGGCGGCCGCGCGCCGCCCAAGUCGACCGUCCCCGGCUGCCCCCUCUACACGGGCACCGAGACGUAUGCGCCCUCGUACAUUAACCCCAAGACGCUGGGCAAUGGGGCCAUCGAGGCCGGCAGCAGCGUUGCGGCCGCUACGACGCCAGUGCUUGCGACACCGUCCGAGUCUGCGGCCGAGUCUGCCACUGCGUCUGCCACUGCGUCUGCCACUGCAUCUGCGUCCGAGUCUGCGUCUGCGUCCGCCACGACUGCCAGCGCAACGACGGACGCAUCAAUCACGAUCCUGACGGGUAUCAAUACGAGCACGCCGUCCAAGAGCACAGAGAGCAGCUCAGCGCAGGUAACGAGCGCGGCCUCGACGGCUGGGGCGUCGUCGUCGUCGGGCAGCAGCAGCAGCAGCGGUGCGGCCACGACGACGAGCCCUAGCUCUGCUGCGGGAGCCAUGCAGACGGUUGGUGCUGUCCUGGGGCCAUGCGUCGUGGCUGCUAUUGCCGCUGGAUUGGCUUAA